UGCUUGAUGACGUAUACAGGAAAUGUAAACAGGUUCCACAACUGUCUCAAUGAACUGAUUUUUGUCAAUCGUUUAUUUCUCCUUUCCGAAGCCAAUUUUCUACCGGUCAAAGUAAUGCAAACGUGGAGUCUCGUAUCCAUUUGCGUUUUGCUUGGCGUUGUUGUGAGAUGGGGAGUGUCGUUAAAUUCUUAUUCAGGCGCGGGGAAAGCCCCCAUGUUCGGCGACUACGAAGCCCAAAGGCACUGGCAAGAGGUGACCUACAACCUCCCUCUCCAGGACUGGUACUUCAACACCACUGACAAUGACUUGAACUACUGGGGUCUUGACUACCCUCCUCUUACUGCCUACCACAGCUGGAUCUGUGCUUAUGUAGCCAAGAUGAUAAACCCCGAAUGGGUGGAGCUCCACAAAUCCAGAGGUUAUGAAAGCCCAGCACACAAGUUAUUCAUGAGAGCUACAGUCCUGGUUGCAGAUUUGUUGAUAUACAUCCCUGCUGUGGUUUUAUACUGUUUAUACCUGAUUGAUGCAUCCUCUAAGAAAAAGGUUUCCAUUCUGUUUUGCUUCCUGCUCUACCCAGGACUAAUUCUCAUUGACUAUGGCCAUUUCCAGUACAAUGGAGUGAGCCAGGGCUUUGCUCUGUGGGGGGUUCUGGCUCUGGGUCUGGGCUGGGAUGUGUUGGGAUCCAUGGCCUUCUGCCUGGCUCUCAACUACAAACAGAUGGAGCUGUACCACGCUCUGCCCUUCUUCUGCUACCUGCUGGGGAAGUGUGUCAAAUUGGGUCUGAUGGGGAGAGGGCUUUUCUUGUUGGUGAGAAUUGCUGUAACAGUGUUGGUGACUUUUGCCCUGUGCUGGCUGCCCUUCCUGUCUGACCCCAACUGGGCCUUGCAGGUGGUCAGGAGGAUCUUUCCCGUGGCUCGUGGUCUGUUUGAGGAUAAGGUGGCCAACACAUGGUGCAGCUUGAACAUUCUGAUAAAGAUCAGAUCCAUUCUGUCUAGAGACUCUCAGCUCUACCUCAGUUUUGCCUUCACUCUCCUGGCAGUCCUACCUUCCGCUCUCAGACUCCUGACAAAGCCCACCUUCUGGCAGUUUAAACUGGCCUUGGCCAAUUCCUCCCUGGCGUUUUUCCUCUUCUCCUAUCAAGUCCAUGAGAAGUCCAUCCUCUUGGCUGCCUUGCCUGUCUGCCUCCUGCUGAAUGACCUGCCCCUCAUGGUUAUUUGGUUCCUGCAGGCCUCGACAUUCAGCAUGCUGCCUCUGUUUCUGAAGGAUGGUCUGCUGGUGCCCUACGUCGUGACCUCGCUGGCCUUCCUCUUCUUCAGCAUCUAUCUACUGUCUGCACUGGAGCACUGUUCAGAGGAUGAACUGAGACUGGGUGCCUACCAUAAGCUGUUUUUCUGCCUGCCCAAAAUGGACCUGGCCCAUAUAGUUAGAUGGAAGUUCUACAUAAGCAUUGCAGCCAUGGCUGGUUUGAGCAUUGUGAGUGCAGCUCUGGUCCCGCCGCCACAUCUGCCUGACUUGUUUCCUGUGUUGGUGUCCGCCACUGCUUUCCUGCACUUCUUGGGGACAUUUAUAUAUCUCAACAUUGUCCAGUUCAGUGGGCCACCCAGCAGAAGGAGCCAGAAGAAGAACAAUUGAACGAUGACAAACCUCAAAGUUUUGAACUACUUUUGCUUUAGGCAAGCCAGUGUCCCACACUGGGGUAUAUCUCCUCUUAAUGUGCAUGAGGCCUUCCACUUGUGCCAUCGUGUACCAAAUACAAAUAGCACAAGUGCUUAUUAAGGCAUCUUGUUGUCUAGAAAAUUUACUGUUCCACAAAAUGCCAAUUCAGAGAAGCUGUGACAUCAAUGUAACGGAAAGGCCAGUGGUAUUUUUCCAGUUUUGUGUCUAAGUCAGACUGAUUUUCUGAAAUUCCAAAAUGAAUAAAAGGUCACUCAAUUUAGCUUUCGCUCGUUAACCACAUGACCUAGUUCAUGUGAAAUAUACCUCUUUUCUAGAAUUAUUUUUGCCCGGACCAUUGAUAGUUCACACUUCAAAUUAGACUAUAGCUGGGAUAUUACAUUCAUUUUGGGACAUUACAAGUACACAUGUAGUAGACAAGCAAUGUACAGCUCACACAUUUGAGUCCAGAGAGCUCCCGUGCUCUAGCCACAGGAGGUGGCUUCAAUAAUGGGAACACCUGUUGUAAUGUUCAGAUAUUGUUAAGACCGUGUCGGAGAGGUGCUGAUUUAAUUGUGUGGUAAUGUUUAAAGCCAUAGUUGGUGGUGUUCGAUUUAAUGAGAUUGUGAGGGGUUCAUGUUAUUUUGUCCACCCUCGGUACCUACUCUGGGGACUGUGAUUAAAACACACAUCUGUUGGGACUGUACUCAGGUCUACUAGUAAUGGUUGUUCAUUAUCUAUUCAUGUGAUAUAGAUGUUUUUUUUUUUACCAUUUUCUACUGUAUAUUUUUAUCCAUCAUCGAAAUUAUUCUGUGCAAAGUUAGUUUUUGUGAAAAUA